AUGAGUACUCUCUCAGAAGUCUACAGAGAUAACCCUCUCCACCCUCAACACAUUAUCCCCCUAGACUUUGAAUCUGCCCAUACAGUGCCUGAAUCCCACAUUUGGCCUGAAACCAAUGAUUUCCAACAUUCCGGCUGGUCGAACGGAGAAUUAUCGAUACCAGUUAUUGAUCUGAUGGAUCCUAAUGUUGUGGAACAUAUUGGACAUGCGUGUGAGACGUGGGGUAUGUUCCAAGUCAUUGGCCAUGGUGUUUGUUUGAGUCUUUUGGAGGAGGUUGAGGCGGAAGCUCGGCGGCUUUUUGAGCUUCCUGCUCGGCAGAAGAUGAAGGCGUUGCGUUCUCCUGGUGGCGCCACCGGCUAUGGUACUGCUCGGAUAACACCUUUUUUCUCUAAGAAUAUGUGGCAUGAAGGGUUCACCAUCAUGGGUUCUUGUGUUGAUCAUGCUAAGGAACUUUGGCCUCGUAACUAUAAACGUUUUUGUGACACAAUGGUGGAAUAUCAGAAAAAGAUGAAAGCUCUAGCCUACCAACUCUGGCUGUUAGUUCUCAAAUCAUUGGACAUACAAGAAAAAGAUGUAACCUGGGCAGCUUCACUCCAACACUCCGAAGCUGCACUGCAGCUUAACUCGUACCCUUGCUGCCCAGACCCGGACCGGGUCCUCGGGCUCGCCCCUCACACCGACACAUUGCUGCUCACCAUCGUCCACCAAAGCGACAGCAAUGGCCUCCAAGUCUUCAAAGAUGGAGUACUUGGAUGGGUUUCAGUGUCUCCAAUUGCUGGUGCACUUGUUGUCAAUGUUGGUGAUCUCCUCCAUAUCGUCUCGAAUGCUCGAUUUUUGACUGCUUAUCAUCGUGUCGUGGCGAAUCAGGCCUGCCACCGAGUGUCCAUCGCCUACUUCUAUGGCCCCCCUGCUGAGUCUGAACUUGUGCCAAUAUUGCCUAAACUUCAGGCUCCAUGUUAUCGUUCUUUGACAGUGAAACAGUAUGUAAGUGUUAAGGCCAAGCAUCUUGAAAAGGCACUUUCACUUAUUAGAAUUUAG